AUGUAUCGCCGCCGCAGAACGAGAUCCACUCGUGAUCAGCUGCAGGCCCCGGCGGCGAAGCCGAUCUGCUUCGCACUGAUAUCGUAAAUGACCUCCAUUCCCCGUUGCUGGACGUUCCCAAUGAUUGCCACGUCGCUGGGCUCCUCGUUCCCGGCGAACGCAAGGCAGACUUGACCUUCCUCGACGGCGAGGAGCACCCCCGUCGGCUCCAAGGGCACGUUGGCGCCGUCGUAGUGGAGGGUGAUCGCCGGAACCAAGAUGUUCUUCACGCUGCUGAGAUCGUAGCAGGUGUCCAGCAGAUCGGCGGGCUCCGCCGGGGGGUACUGCGCCAUGGCGCGGCGAAAGGCCGUGCGGAGGGCGCUGUACGCCGCCGGUGGCAGGCGGGUGAUGACGGUCCCGGAGUCGAUGAUGGUGCCAGACUGGAAGACCGUCGGCGCCACCGGUAUGGGAUGCCCGCCGACGCUGAUCCCGAUCAGGUUGAGGAAGUACAGCGUCGGCUCCUGCGCGUUGCUGAGCAUUGGCGUAUACGCCGCCGCCGCCGACGGUGA